AUCACUACCUUCAUCUCCAAUGGCCAUUUCCUUAUCCCACACAGUCCUCCCUUUCAAAAAGCUCCACCACCACGCUUCCUCAACCCUAAAGUCUCACCCCUUUCGAUCAAACCUCACCCUCCCCACCACUACCACCACCACCACUCUAUGCAAGGUGGUCUCGAAAACCAGCGACUCCCUAACCUCCAUAAUCACCGAGCUCGAAAAAGAACGAGCCAGAGUCGACAAAGUGGACGACACUAAUGACAUAGAUGAAAUCUAUCUCGAUGACGAAAUUGAUGACAAAGCGAACCACAACAACGCCACAGAGCAGCAGCGUCGUCUGCCCGACGCGUGGCGGGAGCUCCACGGCGAGGACGACUGGGUCGGUCUCCUCGACCCGAUGGACCCGCUCCUCCGCUCGGAGCUCAUCCGCUAUGGCGAGAUGGCCCAGGCCUGCUACGACGCCUUCGACUUCGACCCUUUCUCCAAGUACUGCGGCAGCUGCCGAUUCACGCGCGCAAACUUCUUCGACUCCCUCGGAAUGUCCCACCACGGCUACCACGUCUCCCGCUACCUCUUCGCCACCUCCAACAUCAACCUCCCAAACUUCUUCAAGAAGUCGCGGUGGCCCAAGGUCUGGUCCAAAAACGCCAACUGGAUCGGGUACGUCGCGGUCUCCGACGACGAGACGACGGCGCGUCUGGGGAGGAGAGACAUCAGCAUCGCGUGGCGGGGAACAGUGACCCGGUUGGAGUGGAUCGUGGACUUGAUGGACUUUCUAAAACCGCUCUCCAAUAAUAAGAUCCCCUGCCCCGACCCGCAUGUCAAAGCCGAAUCCGGGUUCCUGGAUCUUUACACAGACAAGGACCAAACCUGUAGGUUCUGUACUUACUCGGCGAGGGAGCAGAUUCUGACGGAGAUCAAACGGCUGAUGGAGAAGUACCGUAACGAGGAGCUGAGCAUUACCAUCACCGGGCACAGCCUCGGCAGCGCGUUGGCGAUUUUGAGCGCGUAUGAUAUAGCCGAGACGGGUCUGAAUGUUAAGGCGGACGGUCGGGUCGUGCCCGUGUCGGUUUUUUCGUUUUCGGGUCCUCGGGUCGGGAAUGUUCAUUUCAAGGAGAGGCUAGAGGCGUUGGGUGUGAAGGUGUUGAGGGUGGUGAACGUGCAUGACGUGGUGCCUAAGAGUCCAGGGUUGCUGAUUAAUGAGCACGUGCCGGCGAUGAUGCUUAAGUUGACGGAGAAUUUGCCGUGGAGUUACUCUCACGUCGGAGUUGAGCUCGAGUUGGAUCAUAAGAACUCGCCGUUUUUGAAGCAGACUAAUGAUCCGGGAUGUUCUCAUAACUUGGAAGCUCACUUGCAUUUGCUUGACGGGUACCAUGGAAAAGGCCAUAGAUUUGUGCUGGCAAGCGGAAGAGACCCUGCACUAGUGAACAAGGCCUCCGAUUUCUUGAAAGAUCACUACUUGGUGCCGCCUUUCUGGAGACAAGACGAGAACAAGGGCAUGGUGAGGUGCAAGGACGGGCGUUGGAUGCAGCCGGAGAGGCCAAAGCUCGACGAUCAUCCUGAAGACAUUCACCACCAUCUCAAGCAACUAGGACUUGUUUCCGAUCAAGAUCAAUCCGAUUCCGAUCGGAAACAGUUAUCUAGCUAGCUGGGUUCUUAUAUACGUACGUACGUACGUUGUGUAAAUUAUGUAUGUGUGUUACUAUUGCUAUCUAUAUGAUAAAUAUCUAGAACAAUGACUCAAUGAGUG